AUGCCAUCCAUGUUAUCACCAACAAAGGUCUAUUAUAAGAGAGAUACUAUUGUUUCAUCUGUAAUUCCGACAGGUACAUCAUCUAAUGGAUGCGUAGAGUGUCCAAGUACAUUAGAAUGUCCAAUCUGCUCCAGUGAUGAAUAUUGUGUGAUGAGUGCCCUAACUUGUGAAGAAUGCCCAACAGUUUAUUGUGCAAAGAAAGAUGGAAGUGAUAAUGAUUAUUAUAGUAGUAGCGCCGAUGCUACGGCAUCGACCAGUGAUGCGACUGCUGCCAGUAGCACGUCUGCUAUUAGUGGAACAUCCACUUCAGGUUCGUCAUCACAUUCUAAAAAUGGUAAUGAUGGGGCAAAAAUAGGCGGCAUUGUUGGUGGUGUUGUUGGCGGCGUAUCUUUUAUUGUACUAUUAACACUAUUGUACUUGUAUUAUAAAUAUUACACUAAAAUGAAAUAUAAAAAGCAAUGUCUUUUAUUAGAAGAAGAAAAAUUUAACCAACAACAUCAGCAUCCUGAUAAUACCUCAAAUGAAAGUGAAAAUAAAGACAAUUACACGGAUCAUGGUUAUGAUGCUGUCGUUGGUGGGGAUAAUGUUAGUGGAGAAAAAUUCAUGAUGAAUGAUUUAAAUACUAAUGAUACAAACGACAAUAAUCUAAAUGCAGAUGUUACAUACAUGGAUACUGAGAUUGUAAAUAAUAAUAACACUAAUAUUAAAGGGAGAAUACAUAAUAAAAAUAGCAAUAUGAGCAUGAGUGACCAUAACAACAAUAAUGGCGCAAAUAUUAACAUUUAUAUGCACAGUGAUAUUAAUAAUAACGACAAAAACGAACAUGGUCACACAAUAAUAAAUAAAAAAUCCUUGGCUACAUUAAACAAAAGUUUAAAAGAUACACACGAUAACAGCAGAUCUGUUGUUAUUAAUGAUGAGACCAGUAGUGUGGCUGCAUCUAAUAUUUUACCAGUUACUUAUAUUCCUGGGGUACGUGCAGGCGCACCACAACCACCAACACCAGCUCUAACAAAAUACACCGCCAACCAACUAAGGGGUAGAAAUCAUACACAAAAUAACAGGUUUAAUGACGUCAAAAGUCAUAUUACCUUAGGUAGUUCUAUAUUAGAUGAUUUAGACUAUCAAGAAGACUUAGUAUCAAAUGAUACUAAAAAAACAAAUAAAAAUACAAACGAUGGUAUUUCAGAAAAAUAUAACAAAAAUAAUGGUACUAGGGGUGGAAAUACUGUGCUAAGCAGUAAGAGCAAUCAAAAGGGUAGUGUAUCAAGUUAUGAUAAAGGAAAUACCAUUCUUGAUGUUAAUCUUCCCGUUGACAAUAAUAAAAACAGGCUUGCUUAUGAGGAUCAACCGACAAUUGCUAUUCUUAGAGGUAGACCUAAACUAGUACAAAUAAACGAAGAAGAGGAAAAUGAUUUUGAAGACGAAGAAAAUAAUGCGAAUGAAAAUGAUAAUGCAAGAUCACAGCAUAGUAGUGAGGGGAGUUUUAUUAUUGAAUUAUCUGUUCCAGAUGGAAUACGUGAGCAGCAACAGAAGCAAGAGCCAAGCGAGGGUGACAAACAGACGGAACAAGACAAUAACCAUGGAAGCAGUACUAUUAAUGUUAUUAUUCCGAAUGAUACGAUACAAGAUUCUAUUAACAUUGAAGAAUCAUCCAGUCCCUUUAGAGAUCAUUUUGAGAUAAAACAGUAA